AUGCCGGCGGUGGCAUGUUUAGUUACCAUACCGCACGUCGACAUCAGACGAAAAUGCCAACUACAAGACGGUACUCUCUCAGCAUUGAAGUUUGCUAUCACCGCGUCUGCCGUUUUGGCGCCUCACGUAAGCGAAGGCGACAGGUUUCAGAUUCUCGACAAAGAUUUCAAUGAAUAUGUUGACCUGGAUGAACGUGAUGAGAUACCAAAUAUGAAUGACGCUGAUCAUGACGGCACAGGGUAUGCCUUCCCCGACUUUGGGCCUCUUCACGCUUUGCUAAAGCCUCAUGCACCCCUCACGUCAUCUGUGCACAAAAAAGUCGUCAAUGUCCUGUACCAAUCUAUGGUUAAGUGCAGCAUGUGAGUUUGAGCAAAUCUAAUUGCUCCAGUUUUUCAUACUACAGUCUUGUCUGCAG